CUCUUUCCAGCAGGAGCUCCUGUCAGUUCACACCCAUUUAGAAAAAUGCCCAGCUCAGGCCAGGGGCAGGGCAGUGCCACUCCCACCCAUAGGGAGCUUUCUCUGUGCGAGGCUAUCUUCCCCGGUGAGACUCUGACCAGUCUCCCUCCUGCUUUCCCAGGCUCUGUGGAACCUCCAGGCAUAUCCCAUGGAUUUGUGAUCAGCGUGGGCAGCUCUCCCAGCAGCCCUGGACAGCAGCCCCUAGCCGGCGGCAUGUGGCUGCCACGCGUCUCCGGCACUGCAGUGACCGCACUCCUGCUGCUGCAGACCUGCCUCCUGCUUUUCCUGGUCUCCCGGCCAGGGCCACCGUCCCAGUCGGGCCGCGAGGAGCACGUGCACGUGCUGGUGCUGUCCUCAUGGCGUUCAGGCUCGUCCUUCGUGGGCCAGCUCUUCAGCCAGCACCCUGACGUCUUCUAUCUGAUGGAGCCCGCGUGGCACGUGUGGACCACCCUGUCCAAGAGCAGCGCCCCGGUGCUGCACAUGGCCGUGCGCGACCUGGUGCGCUCCGUCUUCCUGUGCGACAUGGAUGUGUUUGAUGCCUACCUGCCCUGGCGCCGCAACCUGUCGGACCUCUUCCAGUGGGCGGUGAGCCGCGCGCUGUGCUCGCCCCCGGCCUGCAGCGCCUUCCGGCGCGACGCCAUCAGCAGCGAGACCGUGUGCAAGCCGCUGUGCGCUCGGAGGCCCUUCAGCCUGGCCCAAGAGGCCUGCCGCUCCUACAGCCACGUGGUGCUCAAGGAGGUGCGCUUCUUCAACCUGCAGGUGCUCUACCCGCUGCUCAGCGACCCCGCUCUCAACCUGCGCAUCGUCCACCUGGUGCGCGACCCGCGGGCCGUGCUGCGCUCGCGCGAGCAGACAGCCAAGGACCUGGCGCGCGACAACGGCAUCGUGCUGGGCACCAACGGCACGUGGGUGGAGGCCGACCCGGGUCUGCGCGUGGUGCGCGAGGUGUGUCGCAGCCACGUGCGCAUCGCCGAGGCCGCCACGCAGAAGCCACCGCCCUUCCUGCGCGGCCGCUACCGCCUGGUGCGCUUCGAGGACCUGGUGCGGGAGCCGCUGGCCGAGAUCCGCGCGCUCUACAGCUUCACUGGCCUGAGCCUCACGCCACAGCUCGAGAGCUGGAUCCACAACAUCACGCACGGGUCGGGGCUCGGCUCCCCCCGCGAGGCCUUCAAGACCACUUCCAGGAACGCGCUCAAUGUCUCGCAGGCCUGGCGCCAGGCGCUGCCCUUCCCCAAGAUCCGCCGCGUGCAGGAGCUGUGCGCCGGGGCUCUGCAGCUGCUGGGCUACCGGCCUGUGUUCUCGGAGGACGAGCAGCAUGACCUCGGCUUGGACUUGGUGCUGCCGCGAGGCCCGAGCAGUUUCAGCUGGGCAUCGUCCACCUCCACGCACCCCGGGCCUUAGAGGAGGUCCUCACUUGUGGUGGUCACCAGGGCCAGGAGGCCAGUGUAUGAUGGAGAGGGGCUGGGUGCACGGGGCAACAAACUGCUACUAGGGGCCAGCAGUGCAGGGUCCGUCCCUGAAGCAGAAAAAGACUGAGACCCAAACUCCAUGUUUCUCCCCCCCCCCACACCCCCAUUUUUGGUUUUCCUUUGAGUCCUCUUUAGGAGCCAGGUUCUCAUCAGAGUCACUUGUUUUUUACUUUUUUUCUUCUUUUCUCUUUCUCUCUCUCUCUCUCUCUCUCUCUUUUAAGGAUCGUUUUGAGCUGAAGACUCACUCUUCAUGGAAAGUGAAUGUCUUGCCCCCACUUUCUCUGGGCACAGGGAGUAAGUUCUGUUAAAUUACAUUAAGUUUGGCCUAAAGCUGCCACCUACCCAGCAAACUGUAACCUAAUUUAAUAUGUAAACAAACUGCAGCUUAAGUAGAGUAUAUUCUUGUUAUAAGUAGAUGAGUCUCUGCAGAUCAUAGCAGCUGAGCUUUCACACAGUCACAGGCUAUAAAGUACUCAGACUUGUCCACAUAAGGUAUGGCUGAGCUGUAACCAGUCAGGCUAUUUCUGUAUGUCAUUUCCUUUUUCUGUCUAUAAAUACUGCCUGCCUAAGUUGCUGGGUGGAGCUAUCUGAACCUUCACUGCUUCAGGGUGCUGCCCAAUUCAUGAAUUGUUCCUUUGCUCAAAUAAAUUCUGCUAAAUUUGUCUAAA